AUGGUCAUAGGAAGUUUACCAGGGGCCAGGAGCCCGUGCGCGGUGGGAGUGACAGCUGGCCCGGCCCGCACCUCCCUGCCCUCCCGACUCCGGCCGCGGCCGCCCCCACCCGCCAUCCCUGCCAGAGAACCGCGGAGGGGUGGCAGGAGAGCACCGGGCUCCCAGAGCUCCAGCCGCAGGCCUCUGGGCGCCGCGCCGGCGACGGCGAGAGCAAGGGAGGGAAGGCUCCGCGAGGGGCCCGGGCCGGGCCGGGCCGAGCCGAGCCCAGCCGGGAGGGCGGGCCGAGCCGGGCCCGCCGCCUCCGCCACCCGAGAAAAUGGAGGCAGCCCGGGGCCGGUGACGGGCCGGGGCAGGCGGAAGCCGGGCGGGCGUCCGCGCCGCGAGCAGGGCCGGGCCGGGGGUCACUCACGGGGCUGGGCCGGGCGGCUCCCUCUCCGCCUCCGCGUCGUCGCCGUCCCCGUCCUCGGCCGCCGCCGCCUCGGGCUGCUCGCUCGGUCCCCGCGGGGCGGCACGGGCGCUCGGCCCCUCCGUUGUCUUCCGCCUGCUCCUGCUCCCGGCGACGGGCUCCCGCGGCAGCGGCGGCGGCGGCUGAGCGGGCGGACGGCGGCCCAGGGGCUCCCGCGGCGGCCGCCGCACUGCUGCGCUCGCUCGCUCGGGCUGCGGCUGCGGCUGCGGCUGCGGCUGCGGGGCCCGGCGCCGCCUUCGCCUUCGCCUUUCAGCCGGCUUCUGGAAGCUCAGUCUCUCCCAGGCCGCGCCGCUCCCCGCUCCCGGCCCGAGCCCGGCUUUGACGUACGCACUGCGCAGCCGCCGAGGGCGCGACGUCGGGCGGUGCCGCAACGCCCCCUUCAGCCUCGGGCGCCCCCGGGCGGCCGGGCGGACUCGAGCCACCGGAGUCGGCCCCGAGGCCGAAGCAGAGGGGGACGCCGAGAAAAAACAGCAGCAGCGGAGGACGCGAGGUCUUUCCCCUGCCACUUUAAAUGUUGGUGCUCAGCCCUUCUUUGUCGGUCUCGGCUCUCUUCCCGGAGGAACCCUACCUCUGCUUUCUACGACCACUUCCUCAACUCUUCACAAAGCCUUGUUUCUGCUGAAAGCUUUAUUUUUGUUAUUCGCUAUUCUCCGUGGUGGCCAGUGAACGAAACAGUCCCUGCUCCUGAGACAACCAAUAAACAAAGAAACCAGCACAUAUAUGUCAUUGGAUGUUUCCAGUGCUAUGGAGAAGCUAAGGAGGGGAGAGAACGGAAGAUGUUGUUACAGCACUCCUGCAAGGAGAAGCUGCUUGAAGAAAGAGCGUGCUGUGGGCUUCGUGUUAUGGAAAGGCAGAGGGAACAGCAAGGAUGAAGGCCCUGAGCCCCAGGAAGACCUCCCUUUGGUGGCAGCCUGCGCCUUACCCCUGACUGUCCCACUGAAGCAACUACUGCGACUACCCCCGAGACUCUACUCAGCCCCACUGUGACUUAACCCUGUUGACAACCACCCUUUCAACAGUUCAAGAUGUGAGUAAGCUGAGAAAAGGACGCAUGGCCCUAGAUACUUUGGGUCCCGGUGGAGUUGUAGAAGGGAGACAGAAAGAAAUCAGUUUGACAUGCUUCUGAGCUGAGCCAGGGGCAGACACACCCAGUUACGCCUUUAAAGGAAAGAGGAAAUGACAUUGAGGCAGCUGAGGUCGCAGUCCAGACAGGUGCCCGACAGAGCGCAGAGCCACUCGAGUCUGGAAAGCUGUCAUGGUGGCCAGUAUGAAGGUCAGGAGUGACCCUGAAACACACAAAUGCCAGGGGGCAGCUCUAUAAGCUGGGGGGAGUGGAAGCCCCAAAGAGGGAAAGUCCAGGGGAUAAGACUGGCCAAAAAAGUAAAUAAAAUGCAAG